CUCUAUUGCACAUAUCAUCCUCUUGACUUGCAAUCUCUUCUCUUUUAAACUCCCUUUAAUCACCCUUUUCAUCAUCUUUUGCCCUUGCAGCCAGCCUCUCCAUAACCUUCACCAAAACAUCAUUCAAACAAAUGGCAUCAAGCUCCGUGUCCUCUCGCGGUUCGGGCUCGUGGACUGCUCAGCAGAACAAAGCCUUUGAAAGGGCUUUGGCUGUUUAUGACAGGGACACACCCGACCGUUGGCAUAAUGUAGCCAGGGCAGUUGGUGGAAAAACUGCUGAAGAAGUGAAAAGGCAUUACGAAAUCCUCGUGGAGGAUGUCAAGCAUAUUGAGUCAGGCCGAGUUCCCUUCCCUAAUUACAGGACUACCGGGGCAAAUGGCCACUCAAAGACUGGAUGAAAAACAUGAAGCUCCAGUGAGCUAUAGCUCUACGAACUUCAUGUUUCCGCAGCAAUAUAGAUUCACUGCUUUCUGCUCCUCCUAUUACUAUGCUCCACUCAUGAGCUAGCUCUAGCUGUCACAGGUUAAAUAAUUUCAAAAGAGCACUGAUUUUGAUUGAAGAAUCAAAACCAGUGAUUCUACCCUUUAUUUUAUUAUUCUAGUUGUCAUCUAUUUUAAAUUAUUAUCGUGCUGCUAAUAUAAGCACUUAAUAAAUGUAUCAAGGAAGAAGGUAUCUUGAAUCUUUUGAUGAUUCUAAUCCCUUCCUCAUCAUGUUCCUAAGUUUCUAAGCAAUGAAAUAUAUUAUUAUUUUAUGUUUUUUAA